UUGAAAUAAAAAAGAAAAAAAAUGUUUAUCAUGUAUCUAUCAAAAAAGAGGAAAAUUUUGUUAUUGUAGAUUUAACUACCAAUGUCUUUUAAAUUGUUGGCAUUUUUAUUUACAGUUUUACCGUUAGUUUGUCCGUUGAAAAAUUAGUGAUUAUUGUAUUAGUACGUUUCUUAUUCUAAAGAUAAUUAGUUGUAUUAGUGAGAUGUCACAUUGAAUGACCUUCGAAGUGGAUCGUUACCCGCCUACGUGGGCACAUGUAGCCCUUUGUGCUGAUCUUACAUGGGCUUCUGAACCUCCUGAUGACUUUAUAGUUGCAAACCAGCGCCUUUUGGCACAGCACUGUCGUGUUUCGCAAAUAUUACAAGACACGAGAUCCGAGUCGCACUGUCAGACGAAUCAGUGUGAAAUAACGGAAAAACGCAUAGAAAAUGGUACGUCGAGCGGUCGGAGAAGCGUGAAAGACGUUAUUCCUGAAUCUAGGCUAGCACAAUUCUAUGGAAACUUUUAUUAUGACGAGCAUAGGGAGAGCUGUUACACAAACCCAAAUGAAAGCAUACGUAUCCGUCCAUACUGCGCUCAAGGGUGUGAGAACACUGAUGUUACAGAAUGUUGGAUGUUGGCAGAGGUUGAAUUCUGGUUUCGAAAGCUGAUAGAGGAGCCAUCGGACCGCGGCAUGCUCCCGCGGCGUCGCAGACAAUACAGGAUACCGGCUGAUGACGAUUUCGAGCGCUGUGGCCCGUCUGGGGCACGGACUGUUGAGGAGGCGAACCUCGAAGCGAGAAUACGUAGCGUGAGAAAGUUCUGGCAAGAUGACAGUCCUGAAUGUUCGAGAACCAGAGCACCCAGUCCCCCGCAAGUGACCAGGAAGAUGAGGGCCAGGAGACGACAGCCGAGGAGACUGUCGGCCCUGGCUCCACCUCCACCGUUGUACUGUUUGGACGCGCCAGCACAACUCGUCUGUGAUCCCACUUGCAAGUUCCAUUUCGAGACACCUAGACCGCCACAAUUGACAGACUGUCAACGCGCAAUAAGCCGCUAUUCAGCGAGCAUGCAGGCACUAAUGCGAGCCACAGCGGCUCGGUGUCCCCUCUACCGCGGCACGAAUGUAAGCCGAUACGCGCCCACAGGACAAAGACCUUUACGCUGUACAGACAGACGAUGCAGUAUAUGGUGGCCGCGUGAACAUUUAGCGGCCAGACAGGAACAAAAAUACCCUAAACCUCAACCCCAGAAUGUUGUAACACAGAAAACUUUAGAGGAAAAAGACGAUAAUGAUUCAAAAGUUGAAGAACGAACAGAGGAUAACGAUGAACCACAAAUAGAACAUAAUAAUAAAGAUGAAAAACAAGAAAUCCCGAAAAAUACACAGACAGAAAAAAUUGUCGAAGAUGGUCAGGUCGCAUCGACGAGUACUACACCAACGGAAAAUGAAAUGAGAACGAAAAGAUUAUACAGUACCGUUCUCAGCAUGAGCGCACCUCCACCAAUCAACUUAACAGCAGGAUGCAUUAGACUAUCUCAAAAACUCGUCACGCCCGGUAUUUUAAAAUUAAACCCUAAAAUCGUUCUACAAACCCGCCUCAGAACGUCCAACGUUGACAAUAAAUUUGAAGAACUUGAAAAAGAAGCCUUAGAACAAUACAAAGGUUCCGACGAAAGUAUAGAUUCGAAAUUUCAAGAGUUGGAAAAAGAAGCGGUUGAACAAUACAGCACCAGCAAUAGUAACACUAGUUGUAGCAGCGGUAAUUCUGCGGAGAAAAAGACGUCGUCAAUAGCAGAUGUUGACGCGAAUAAUAAAAAGCAAUCUCCAAAAUUUCCUAAAGAAAAGUCCGUUGAUAGCGUUGUUAUAUAUUCGCAAAAUUUUCCCGAUCUCAACGCUAGAGGCCACACCAGUAGCGUAACGAAUUUAAAAAACUGCCACGCCCCCCCGAGGGGGGAGAAAAAAGAACAAAGCCACCGGCCUUCUAAAACAGCAAGGAAUAUUAAAAGCGACUCGCAAAGAGCAGCAUCCGAUACAGAUAAUGAAUCCAGAAACAACAAAACGAAUCAUAAAGGCGCAAUGCGAUGGACGUUACACUUGAUGCCUCCGAAAAAGAGGCACCUGUCCUCUUGCGUUUCGGAUUUUUCCUCUGAUGAAGAUUUAGAAGAACCGCCAGGUUCUAUAAAAGACGCCGGUCCCUGUAUCAAAAACCAUAUCUCUGGGAAAGUAAAGAUGUCCGCCCACGGUGCUGGCGACUUGCAUCCGAUCAUGCGAAAAACUUAG